AAAACCCGGAUUAAACAAGAAGUAUGAAAUGAGGCUAUCUUCUUACAUCAAAAUAUAAUCAUGGAUUAGUUAAAUCAUUAUGACAUUUUGAUAGGGAUAUCAAAAGUUAAAAACAAAAUGGAGGACUAUAUCUCGCCAUGGAGAGGGAGGUCAACACUCGAAGAAAUAUCAUUAAUAUUAUUUUUGCUGCAUUGGUUCACUACAGUGGCUGCAAAAAAUGAGACUGAAUAUCCAAUGCAAAAUGCAAGCAGUUGUUUUAACGUGAAGGGUGUCCCAAUAUUGCAUCUCAAAUGUGCCCCGAAUAGUAUCAUCAAGGUACACGAGGCAUUCCAUGGCGUGCCAAGAUCCAACUCUACAUGUUGGUACGAUGGUCUACCUAGUCAGUGCACCCAGCCUGCAGUUAUGGAUUAUAACUGUAAUGGACGAUAUACGUGCUCCGUACCCGUGAGCAAUCCCUUCUUAGUCAACUGUAGAACUUAUGCACAAUAUAUGCAAGUAAAUUAUACUUGUGUUCCUAGAGAAGAACUAAUAGACAUUUGCAGGAGUAGUGAUCAGACAUUAAAACAUGGAUUUCUCAGAACUCCUAACUUUCCCCAUAGAAACUAUUCAGGCAAUCUUGACUGUGCGUGUAAACUGACAGUGAAAGAGCACGAGGAGAGCAUUGCUCUGAAAUUAUUAGAUUUAGGAAUAAAUACAACAAGUUUGACUAAAUGUAACAAUGAUUGGCUGAAAAUAGGAGAAUAUAGUAAAAGAUGUGGUCAUAUACCACCAGAGGAUCUCCCUGAGAAUAUAGAAAUUCAGAGUGGUAAUACGUUACUUCACUUCCACUCAGAUGGCUGGUAUAAUGCUAAAGGAUUCUGGGUAGAAUUUUCAGCAUUUGGGAAAGAAAUAAACAUUAAAUGUGGACCGUUUAGACGAAGAAAGACUAGCAAAGAAAUAUCACAAUUGACCACAGCACCUCCUACACUUAGCAUUAGACCAACAUUUAAAGUGAAAGAAGUGCUGCCUAAAAUCAAUGUAAUAGUGGAUGGUAAUGAUGUUGAUAAUGAUCAGAGUGAAAAUGAAGAGGAGGUGAGAGACUACGAUGAUGAGGAAGGUGAAGAAGAAUAUGUUAUAAUGGAUGAAGAUGAAUAUCCUAGUGAUGAUGAUGACAAUGAUGAUUAUUAUGCUCAAGGAUCAAAUGAAGACGGCCCACCAAGACUAUUAGCAAACGUAGACCAAGUUCAGAUCAUCACUGGAUGUGUUGUUGGAGGCCUCAUACUUAUUGCAGUUAUCAUUAUAAUAGUCCUAGUUUUUAGAAGAUGAUAAUAUAUUAUAAUCUA